ACCAAGUGGGACCGCCUUUACAGAGCAGUUGUCUUUCUCUUUCACUCUUCACAGUUCUUUUGAACGAUUCAUAGUAAAUCUCGAUCUCAAUUUCAAUCUCAAUCUCUAGCUCAUAAGCAAAACCCUAGACGGCAAACCCUAUGAUAAUGGACAGUCCAUUGAAAUCAGAGCUUCUGAUAUGAAUCUCUCAACAUCAACUUCGUCUUCUCUCUCAUCAUCAUCUUCGUCUUCAACCACUUCUUGGUUUUCCGGCAUUGUUCGAGGCCGUUUCGAUAAGUCUAGCAGCGCCAAAAUGACUAAUAAUUCGGGUAGUGGUGGUGGUGAUAGCGUUGGUCCGAUUAAUCGGAAGAAUCAGUUUCGUGGUGUUAUGUUCAAGUACGGCCCUAAUCCAAUUCAGGUUGCAUUCAAAACAGGUGAUUAUAAGCAACAAGUCAUUUUCAUUGGUGGACUGACAGAUGGAUUUUUGGCUACAGAAUACUUGGAACAUCUAGCAAUUGCCUUGGAUAAAGAGAAAUGGUCGCUAGUUCAGCUUCUGCUUUCCUCUUCUUAUAGUGGAUAUGGCAUCUCAAGUCUCAAACAAGAUGGCAUGGAGCUUGAUCAAUUGAUCAGUUACCUAAUAAACAAGGAAGAUUCUGAGGGUGUCGUAUUGCUUGGGCAUAGUACUGGCUGUCAAGAUAUUGUGUAUUACAUGCGUACCAAUGCUGCAUGCUCCAGAGCAGUCCGUGCAGCCAUAUUGCAGGCUCCUGUCAGUGACCGUGAAUACAGAGCAACUCUCCCUGAAACUGCUUCCAUGAUAGAUUUGGCUUCAAAAAUGAUAAGUGAAGGUCGAGGGUCAGAAUUAAUGCCCAGGGAAGCUAAUCCAGAUUCUCCUAUAACUGCUUACAGGUAUCACUCCCUUUGUGCAUAUAUGGGAGAUGAUGACAUGUUCAGUUCUGACCUUAGCGAUGACCAGCUGAGAUUGAGACUUGGACACAUGUCCAACACACCUUGCCAGGUUAUCUUUUCUAUGGCUGAUGAAUAUGUGCCAGAUUAUGUUGACAAGAAGGCAUUGGUUGAGAGAUUGUGCAGAGCAAUGGGUAGUGCAGAUAAAGUUGAAAUUGAAUGGGGAAACCAUUCUUUAUCUAACAGAGUUAAUGAAGCUGUUCAGGCCAUUAUGGACUUUAUCAAAAGAGGUGGACCCAAAGGGUGGGAUGAUCCAUGGAGCUAAUAUGGUGCCUCCCUGUACCCUUCCAUGCCUUCUUAAACCGUUAUUUAGUCCACAUCAUUUACUCUUUAUUCCCCUUGAUUUUUAGUUGGCGCCAUUCUUCUUCAUCUGGCACAUAGCAUCAAUAUGGGUCAUACAAUCCAUUGGGUGUAUCUUAUUUGUUUCCAUCUAUACGGGCAGGCUUUUUUGCAUUUUGAUUCUUAAUGUGUUCUAUAUGUCUGUACAUUAGAGGUUGAGUGAACGAAGAUACUUUAUAUACUUGACUUAUUGAUUUUGUUUGCAUUUAUAAUUUUUUUUCAUUGGAUUGCAGUCGCAUUUUGUGAAGGUAAGUAUUUUGUACUCUGUUUGGGUUUGAUUCAUACUAUUUUUUGAAGAUUCGAACUCAAGACGUCUG